AUGGAAGAAUUUGAGCAAAAGUACUUCCCACCUGAAGCAAGAGAUCGCUUAGCUCAAGAAUUUCUCCGACUUGAGCAAGGAGAAAAGAGUGUAAGGGAGUAUGAAGCAGAAUUUAUGAGACUUCAGCGUUAUGUCUCAUAUUGCAAUGUGGAUGAUAAGGCCUUGGUGAGGCAAUUCAUGCAAGGUCUGAAACCGGAGAUAGGAAGUCGACUUCAGUCAGCCACUUUCACCAACCCCCAUGAGAUAAUAGAGAGAGCAGUGAAUGUGGAGGCAUAUCUACUUAAGGAGAAGGCUGCUUGGAAUAAACGAAAGAUAGAAUCCAAGACAGCAAGCAAGGCAAAGAAGGCAAACCAGUCAUCCAACCAACCUAAUCCCAGUAAAGGUGGACAACCAUCUGGAGAUGAAAAUAAGAAAUGUUAUACAUGUGGAAAGAUGGGACAUGUCGCGCGGAUGUGUUACCGUAAUAGGCCGGCAGGAGCUUCGGCUAAAUGUUUCUCAUGUGGUGAGCAAGGGCAUUACUCAAAUGCCUGUCCUCGUAAGGCUGGUGGUGCAGCAAAAGGCGCUGACAAGGAAGCAUCGACCCGACCAAUGAAAGAAUCCCCGGCUAACCGGCUAACUAACACGGGUAAGGUGUAUGCUUUAGAAUCAGGACCAUCAAACCCGUCGGGACAAACCCAAGGUCCCAUUACAGGUAGUAACCUGACACAUGUUUUGUUUGAUUCGGGAGCGACACAUAGUUUUGUGACUCCUGAAGUAGCAUCUCGUUUUGGGGAUGCCUAUAAGAUAGGAUUGGUGGAGGUUAAUAUAUUAACCCCUGGAGACCAAGUCCUUAAGGCAUCCCGUGUAGUUUUCGGUGUGCCUGUUGAAUUGCAGGGAGACACCUUGAAGGCUGACCUACUAGUCCUACCACUAGCCCGCUUUGAAGUCUUUUGGAGCAUUCUGGAGCAUAUGGGACAUGAGGAGCAUGGAGGGACUUGGCACAUGGAAGCAGCUCAACUGGAUACGCAAAGGAAGAAGGGAGAAGCCAUCUUGAAGACCAGCUCGACCGUCACUCGACCAACCGGUCGAGUUCCUCAACUCGACCGGCCAAGCUUCAACUCGAUCGAGCUGAGAAGUCAACAGUCAAACCCGAAAAAUGUGUAUGCGAACUCGAUCGAGUCGGUCUACAGAAGACUUGGUCGAGCUAGACUUACAACGGGUAGAAAGAGGGUUCAGAGGUCACAGAGGGUACAAGAGGAACCUGAGGUGCUUGUUGCUGAUACAAUGGAUGUACCAGAGGGGAAUGGAAACCCUUUGGGCAAUGGACUCGGUCGAGCUAGGCAAACUCGACCGAUUGGUCAAGGAGAUGCUCCAAACCGCCACCAACAGAGACAAGGGAUUGUUCCACCACCAGUGCAGAACCACAACUUUGAGAUCAAGCUGGGAAUGAUCAACCUUGUCCAGAACAAGAUGUUCCAUGGAUUGCCAAGUGAAGACCCCAUUGACCACCUUGAUGAGUUUGAUAGGCUUUGUGAUUUGACAAAGAUCAAUGGUGUCUCUGAAGAUGCCAUCAAGCUGAGACUCUUUCCUAUGUCUCUAGCUGACAAAGCUCACCAAUGGGAGAAGAGCUUGCCCCAUGGCACAAUCACCACUUGGGAUGAAUGCAAGAAGGCCUUUCUUGCUAAGUUUUUCUCCACCGGUCGCACAGCCAAGCUUAGAGGAGAGAUAUCCAGCUUCAUCCAGCGAAACAAUGAGACAUUCGCAGAGGCUUGGGAGAGGUUCAAAGGCUACACAAGUCAGUGCCCACACCAUGGAUUCAACAAUGAAUCACUACUCUCCACUCUUUAUAGAGGAUGCUUGCCUAGGUAUAGGGAGAUGCUAGACACAGCUAGCAAUGGGAACUUCCUCAACCAGGAUGUAGAUGAUGGCUGGCAACUUGUGGAGAACAUGGCCAUAUCAAAGAAUGCUAUGGAGAGCAGUAUGAGUACAGACUGGAGCUCGACCGCGCACUCGAUCGAGCUGGACGCUCAGAUGAGAAAAGACAUGCUUGCACUCAAUCGAAGUUGGACAAACUGA